AUGCAGUUGUCCAAGAAGGUUUUUCUAGGAAUCACUGCGCUCACAGCGGCAAUUGGUAAAGCCCAGCAAGAUGCCACGGCUCCAGAAGACUCUGCGGUUGUGAAGUUGACGUCUGAGAACUUCGUAGAGUUCAUGAAGGAACACCCUCUGGUAUUGGCAGAAUUUUAUGCUCCAUGGUGUGGCCACUGUAAGACUUUGGCUCCUCACUAUGUAGAAGCUGCUGCCGCUCUCGAAAGCAGUGAUAUCGCAUUGGCUCAGGUGGACUGCACUGAAGAACAAGAACUGUGUAUGGAGCAGGGCAUCAGAGGCUACCCAACUUUGAAGGUAUUCAAAAGCAGCCAACUCGACGCACCAAGUGAGUACCAGGGAGGCAGAAAUGCCCAAUCCAUCAUCUCGUACAUGACUGCCCAGUCCAUGCCACCCGUCACCGUGAUUUCCGGUGAAGAGGGCGCUGACGACCUCAAAGAUAUUUUGGUUGAGGCUUCGUCCGCUGUAGUUAUCGACAGUGGUGUCGCUGGACUCAAUGAGACCUUUUACGAAUUAGCGGAUCUUUUCAGAGAUGAUUUCACAUUCGUCAAAUACAACCAAACAGAAGGUGAGCCACAUCUAUCCAUUCACUUGCCUAACGACGUCGAGCCUAUCAAGUUCACCGGCAAAAACAACACACUCACUCACCUCGUAGAAUGGGUCCAAGUUGAAACCAAGCCUCAUUUCGGUGAAAUCAACGGCGAGACCUUUCAAUCAUAUAUGAACGCUAAUUUGCCAAUCGCUUACUUCUUCUACACCAGUCCAGAAGAGCGUUCUUCUUACGAACAGUUUUUUACCAAACUCGGUAAGGAACACAGAGGUAAAAUCAACUUUGUUGGUUUGGAUGCAUCGAUGUUCGGAAGACAUGCCGAAAAUCUCAAUAUGAAGGAACAAUUUCCUCUAUUUGUUAUUCACGAUGUUGAAAGCAAUAUGAAGUACGGCAUGCCCCAAUUGUCCGAGGAAGAGUUUUCCGCUUUGACGAAACCAUUGGAAUUAAAAAGCGCUGACAUUACUAAGUUCAUCAAAAACUUCACCGCUGGUAAAAUUGAACCAAUUGUAAAAUCUGAAGAAAUUCCAGAAGUCCAAGAAUCCAGUGUUUUUAGAAUUGUUGGAAAGACUCACGAAAAAGUUGUUAAUGACGAAAAGAAGGAUGUUUUGGUUAAGUACUACGCUCCAUGGUGCGGACAUUGCAAGAAAUUGGCACCUCUUUACGAAGAAAUGGCUGAUAUUUACGCCUCUGAUAAAGAUGCCAAUAGCAAGAUUGUUAUUGCUAACGUAGACGCCACUUUGAACGACGUCAACGUCGAUUUAGAAGGUUACCCAACCUUGAUGUUCUAUCCUGCUGGAAAGAAGUCAACUCCUGUUGUCUACCAGGGUGCCAGAGACAUCGAAUCCUUCAUGAACUUUAUCCAGGAAAACGGUCACCAUGGAGUGAAUGGUUCUGCCAUCUUGGAAGGCAGACAAGCUCAGGAAGCUGUUGAAGCCGAAAAAGAAGCUGAGGCCAUCAAGGAGGAAGAGGUCGAACACGACGAAUUGUGA